GAAAAAAGCUGACCCGUUUUGAAGCGGUUGUCUCUUUUUUUCUUUCUUUUGCCGCGAGUUAUUAAUACCGUUUUGGACCAGUCAACAGCGCAAGGCUGGCUCUUUGGUGUCGUCGCUUCGUAUUAUCGUCUCAUCAUCGACCUUUCCUUUCCCAAUGCGGUUCACUUGGAAACUCGCGAUUCAUCUUCCUAGGGUUUACUAAGGGUUUCUCAGUCUCUCUAUAAACAAACUCAUCCUCUAAAGACUGUUCACUGAGUAGUGUAAUGGAGAGAUACAGUAGAGUCGAGAAACCAAAACAAGUUUCUCCGAUCAACGAGAAUGAGAUCCGUGUCACCAGCGUUGGCCUUAUCCGAAACUACAUCACCUAUGCCAUCACUCUUCUUCAGGAGAAAGGUGCGAAGGAGAUUGUGUUGAAGGCAAUGGGACAAGCAAUCAGCAAGACCGUCACAAUCUCUGAGAUACUCAAAAGUAAAGUUCCAGGCUUGCAUCAAGAUGUUAAUAUCAGUUCUAUGAGCAUUACUGAUGUGUUUGAGCCUAUGGAGGAGGGUCUUGUACCGGUGGAGGUGAUACGACAUGUUUCCAUGAUUUCAAUCACAUUGUCUUUGAGUGAGCUUAAUCUUGAUUCUCCUGGGUAUCAAGCUCCAGCAAAGAUAGAUCAGUCUAAGCCUCAGUAUCAGCCAAAUCUAGCAACUCAAGCCCGUCUUCCUUACAAUGCUUACCGUGAAGAUUCGUAUGGCAGAGGGAGGGGACGUGGCAGAGGAAGAGGUGGGUAUGGAAACUACAAUGGGAGUUAUCAAGGAAAGUACCAAGGGAACUAUCAAGAAGAUUAUCAAGAAAAUGAUGGCGGGUAUUCAAACUAUGGCAGAGGCCGUGGUCGUGGCCGGAGCUAUGGCUAUCAUGGUGCUGGAUAUCAGGGUGGUAGAGGCAGUUAUGGUGGUGGCGGAGAUGGUGGAUAUGGUAGUAACAGAGACAGUUACGGUGGUGGUAGGGAUGGUGGUUAUGGUGGUGGAAGAGGUGGCGGGUAUGGAGGAGUAGUCAAAGACCAGGGAUACGGUGGAGGCAGAAACCAGGAUUACGGUAGUGGCAGAGACCAGGGAUACGGUGGAGGCAGAGAAGACGGAUUUGGAGGAAGAAGAGGCGGGUUUCGAGGUGGUAGAGGUGACAGGUAUGAUGGAUAUGGUGUAAGCAAAGGUGGAUAUGGUAGAGACAGAGGCCGAGGAGAUGGACAUGGAGCAGGACUAGGAAACAGGUAUGAGGGAGGUGGAGGCGGAUAUGAUGGAGGGAGAGGCUAUGGCCGUGGACGUGGAAGAAUGGGUUAUGGUGGUCGUUCAAGGGGUGGUGCUAAUAACCAAAACCAUGCCUAAGUUCUAAGUUGCUUCUCUGCUUUUUUCCCCCUAAAACUCUUAUCACAAUCAUGUUGGCUUUUUAGGAAGACAGUUCUGUAAAUCUCCAUUAGGAGUCUUAAGUAAGAGGUUCCUUAUUAUUUUCUUCUUUCUUUUACCUUCUUCUGCACUACUGUAGCCAUUAUUAGCCAAGUUUAAAAUCAGCUACUGUGUUCCCUGUUUUUGUUUCUUGUAAUUAACUACGGCUUCCGUUUCU